AUGGAGAACCAUGAUAUGGUGCUAAUGCUAAUGUUGUGUACUUUCUUCCUUUGCUCAACGCCCACUUUCUCUAAACUGAACACAUUUACUACUAUUGCUCCAAAUCAGUUUAUCCAAUACAGUGAUACACUUGUUUCUGCAGCUGGAACCUUUGAAGCAGGAUUUUUCAACUUUGGAGAUCCACAACGCCAAUACUUUGGUAUAUGGUACAAAAACAUCUUACCUAGGGCUUAUGUGUGGGUUGCCAAUAGAAAUACCCCAGUUCGAAACUCAACAGCAAUGCUGAAACUCAAUGAUCAGGGAACUCUUGUUAUUCUUGAUGGUUCCAAUGGCAUAAUCUGGUCUUCCAAUUCAUCAAGAGUUGUGGUGAAACCAGCUGUGGUGCAGCUGUUGGAUUCAGGAAACCUUGUUGUAAAAGAUGCAAACAGCAGCAUUGAGAAUAAGGAUUUCUUGUGGGAGAGUUUUGAUUAUCCCGGUAACACUUUCCUUGCUGGAAUGAAGCUGAAAAGUAAUUUAAUUACUGGUCCAUAUAGAUAUCUCACAUCUUGGAGAAACCCUGAAGAUCCUGCUGAAGGUGAGUAUUCAUAUAGGAUAGAUACACAUGGGUUUCCUCAACUGGUUACUGCAAAGGGAGCAACAUUCAUGUAUAGAGGAGGGUCAUGGAAUGGAUUUCUUUUCACGGGUGUUUCUUGGCAAAGAAUGCAUAGAGUCUUGAAUUUCUCAGUAGUGUUCACUGACAAAGAAAUCUCUUACCAAUAUGAAACUUUGAUCAGUUCAGUUAUUACUAGAGUGGUUCUAGACCCAUACGGAAUCUCACAACGUUUUCAAUGGUCAGAUAGGACACAAAAUUGGGAGGCUAUAGCUAAUCGUCCUGCAGACCAGUGUGAUGAUUAUGCCUUUUGUGGUAUCAACUCUAAUUGCAAAAUUAAUGACUUUCCAAUAUGUGAAUGCUUGGAAGGUUUCAUGCCAAAAUUUCAACCAAAAUGGAAGUUGUCAAAUUGGUCUGGUGGGUGUGUAAGAAAAACACCUAUAAAUUGUCUCCAUGGAGAUGGAUUUUUGAAGUACCCAAGCAUGAAGUUGCUAGAUACGUCAUCAUCAUGGUUUGAUAAGAGCUUGAGCCUCGAGGAAUGCAAGACAAUGUGUUUGAAAAACUGUUCUUGUACCGCAUAUGCAAAUUUAGAUAUCAGAAAUGGUGGGAGUGGCUGCUUACAUUGGUUUGACAAUAUUGUGGACAUGAGAAAACAUCCAGACCAAGGGCAAGACAUUUUCAUGCGGCUGGCAUCUUCAGAACUUGAUCAUAAAAAGAAUAACAGCAACUCGAAGCUCGCUGGGACUCUUGCAGGGGUUAUUGCAUCAAUUAUAGGACUAUCUGUUCUUGUAUUGGUCACAUCAGCAUAUAGAAAGAAGCUAGGUAAGCCAAGGUAUAUAAAAAAGUUAUUUCACCGGAAGCACAAAAUGGAGAAGGAAGAUGGUGAUUUGGCUACAAUAUUUGAUUUUUCGACCAUCACUAAUGCAACAAAUAACUUCUCUGACAGAAACAAGUUAGGAGAAGGUGGUUUUGGAACAGUGUACAAGGGCAUAUUGGUAGAUGGCCAAGAGAUUGCUGUAAAGAGGCUUUCUAAAACAUCGGAACAAGGAACUGAGGAGUUCAAAAAUGAAGUAAAGUUGAUGGCAACACUUCAACAUCGUAAUCUUGUAAAACUUCUUGGUUGUUCUAUUCAACAAGAUGAAAAGCUGUUGAUCUAUGAGUUCAUGCCCAACAAAAGCUUGGAUUGCUUUAUUUUUGGUACUAUGCGAAGCAAAUUACUAAAUUGGACCAAGCGCUUGGAAAUUAUUGGUGGGAUUGCUCGAGGGCUGUUGUAUCUCCAUCAAGAUUCUAUACUAAGAAUCAUACAUAGAGAUCUCAAGACAAGCAACAUUCUUCUUGAUAUUGAUAUGAUCCCAAAGAUAUCAGAUUUUGGUUUAGCCAGAUCAUUUAUGGGAGAUCAAGCCGAGGCUAAUACAAAUAGAGUGAUGGGAACAUAUGGAUAUAUGCCUCCAGAAUAUGCAGUGCAUGGAUCUUUCUCAAUAAAAUCUGAUGUUUUUAGCUUUGGAGUUGUGGUACUUGAGAUAAUUAGCGGUAGGAAGAAUCGCGGAUUUUGUGACCCUAUACAUCAUCUAAACCUUCUCGGUCAUGCAUGGAGACUAUGGAUUGAAGAAAGGCCAGAAGAGUUAAUAGCAGACAUAUUAUACGAUAAAACCAUAUGUUCAGAAAUUAUAAGAUUUAUUCAUGUGGGUUUAUUGUGUGUACAACAGAAACCAGAAAACAGACCUAACAUGUCAUCUGUGGUUUUUAUGUUAAAGGGUGAAAAGCCACUCCCAAAACCUAGUGAGCCUGGGUUCUACGCUGGAAAAGAUAAUACAAAUAGCACCGGAUCUUCUUCAAAAGGUUCACUAAACGAAGCUUCAAUCUCAUUGUUAGAGGCUCGAUAG